CUGCCUCAUAAAGAUACGCUCGUGAAGAUCGCCAGCGAGGUACGCCGCAACCACAUCCACCUGCACUAUAUGCCAUCCCCGAAUUGCAGCUAAUGCGAAGAGAACCCUCCACAACAUAGCUCUAGAGGUUGACGCCACGGUCUCAGUGUAAUCAAUGCCCUCCUUUUGUGUGAACCCUUGGUCCACGAUACGGGCCUUGAAUUCAGUACCCAUUUGGCGCCGACGAUGUGCCUAUAGCUUGCAAUGUCCUUUGAUACGAAGACGAAGGUACUGCGUUCAAGGUUCCGUAGGAUCUCAAUGAAAAUAGCCUUGAUCCAUUCAGGGGCUUGAGGGCGCAGCUAGAUAAUCUUGCGGCAGCAAGUCGAGUGAUCGGACGAGGUGUGUUCGUAUGUAUUGUCUAAGACCCCUUGGCGUUUCCUGGAUCCAAUUCUUGUAGGGUCCGUUUAAUUAAGGGAACGUUACUGAGAUUGUCCCACAAUGCAGGCGGCGAUUAGGUUGGGUGAACGAGCUUCAGUUUCUUCGACUUCUUCGACGCGUGCUGGUGGACAUCGCUUGGCAGGGAUAAGGGUUUCGUCGCUUGUCGACGCUUACGCGAGAUCGGAGGCGAUGGCGCUGGCAUACAGCCAGGAGCGGAAGAGCGCGCAAUGUUGUUCCGGCGGACACAGAAGCCCCAUCCUCGGAAACUCGACGACCUCUUGUGUUUGCACGAUGAAGGGCAGUAUUUGUCUCGGCCCGGCAUCCGUGGCGACCACCAAGCAAGUUCCAUCCCAUGGUGGUUCAUGCUUUCCCUUCGAAAUCGACCGCGUUGACAAUGUUGCCAGUAUUGCCCUCCUCCUGCUCGUGGUCGACGAUACUGGUCAACUGGCUAAGGGCCGCCACCAGGGAUGGAACCAGAGACAGCGAAAGCAAUGGUGGGCUCCAAGGCUUCUGGUAGUCCGAAAGGGCAAGCUUCAAACCAACGGACCUAUAUUCCUUGAUAGCUUCGGGACAUUGGAAUAUGCGUUACGUGCUCUUCUUCCAAUCUAUCGCAGAGAUACUGCGAUUGGCGGACUGUCUGCCGGCGUCUUCAACCAGCUCUCGGCGGUCCCCUUCACCGGCGUCGGCAUCGUCGUCUUAUUCAACACUUUUGGCACCGGCAACGUGAGGUAG